CAACUUUCUAAUUCCUGACUGUUGUUGUUUAUCACAUGAUGCGACUACACAUUCCGUCGCGUUUUACACGUAAGAGAGGGAUCGUCCAGUCAGAAAUCGCCUUUCAUCUAUUCGACCAAUCACCACACGUCGACUGCUGAUGACGCGUUUGACUCAUGUCUGCACGGUGAGGAUGUUGAGGGUUCUCACAAGGAUCCUGACAUCUGUGCAGACUCAAAGCAGCGUGGGAUCGUCCUGUGUGCGCCGCUCUCUCUGCGCUGCAGCCGCUCUUGUCUCGCCUCUGAAGCGCACGGCGGCCCUCCCGCUGAGCUACAUGGAGCCGGAGCUGUACCGGGCCCCGGCGGCGGUCCGGGGCAUGAUCUCUCUGGACCGGGAGGCCUUCGCCCAGACAGUCACUGUCCCAGCACUGCGUGUGCCCAAGGGCGUCCUCAACAAAGUAGUGAAAAGUCUGAAAAAGUCCACCAUCCAGCGCCCAGGUGUGCCGAGAGUGCUGCAAGACAAAGACAAGAGCAGCGAGGCGGAGGACUUCAGGUUGGUCCUGCUGGACCCACACAGGGUGUCCUCGCCCGGCUCCUUCAGUGAGGCUGAGGCCGAGGCCCUCAGGUCCUUCAGUGUCUCUGAGGAGCUGCAGCGCUACGAGUUGCGCCUCACCUAUGACAACCUGAAGACCGAGGAGGUGCUGGCUGCUGUUCUGCCUGAGGGCCAAGAUGUCACCUCGGCCUUCAGCAGGGUGGGACACAUUGCACACAUGAACCUGAGGGACCACCAGCUCCCCUACAGAAACCUUAUAGGCCAAGUCAUAAUGGACAAAAACCCCGGGGUGACCUGUGUGGUCAAUAAGACAAAUAUCAUCGACUCCACUUACCGCAACUUCAAGAUGGAGGUGCUAGCUGGAGAGGAGAAUAUGGUUGCCAAAGUUAAAGAAAACGGGGUGACGUAUGAGUUUGAUUUUUCCCGUGUAUACUGGAACCCCAGGCUGAGCACAGAGCAUCUGCGCGUGGUACAGCUCAUCAAACGUGGUGAAACAGUCUUUGAUGUGUUUGCCGGUGUCGGACCCUUUGCCGUCCCAGCUGCCCGUGGGGGCGCAAACGUGUUAGCCAACGAUCUCAACCCAGAGUCAUACCGCUGGUUACAGCACAACUGCAAACUCAACAAGGUGGAGAGCAAGGUGAGGACCUUUAACCUGGACGGCAGAGCCUUCAUCCAGGGACCCUUGAAGCAGGAACUGCCCCCCCUGCUGAAAGCAAAAACCAAAGUGCACGUGGUUAUGAACCUGCCUGCUUUGGCUCUGGAGUUCCUGGAUGCAUUCAGAGGCCUCCUGCACCAAGACCCGUCCUGUGAUGAGAACCUGCCCACAGUGUACUGUUACGGGUUCUCGAAAGACGACAGCCCAGAGAAGGACAUGGUGCAAAGGGCCUCCAGCAGCCUCGGCUUCUCUCUAGAGGACCGCUGCUCUGUGCAUUUCGUGCGAAACGUAGCACCAAACAAAGACAUGAUGUGUGUGAGAUUCACGCUCCCCAAAGAGGUCCUCUUCUGCGGUGGCCAAGAGCAGACAGAGCCUUCAGAAGAGCCAGCCUCAAAGAGACAGAAGUGUGAAGAGCCUACAGAUUAGGUGGUUUGUCAUCCUGCACCAGGAUGACUGCGAUGGAAUGUUAUUCUGUUAUUUUUAUAGACUGUGUUUUACUUUGCUUUUAUUACAGAUGUUACAGCAUCUUGUCAUAAUAAAUGACACAUCUUUAGUUCAACAAA